UCGUGGACCAACCCCGAAGACGCAUGCGCAGAGCCUCCCCGCCAGCAAGACGCAGGUACAAGGCCUGAAUAAUACCGGCCUUUCGUUAAUCCUCCCUUAAACACUAGAUUACCAGCUACGGCCUCUCUGACGUGUUUUGCGGCACCCGGGAUUAUCAGAAGGGAAAACACAAUGGAAGUUCUGCGGCCAACACUGAUAAGAAUUGGACCAUGUGUUUACAGGAAAAACCACAUUCGAGAACAGGUCUACCAGCCUGAAGAAGCGGAAGAUUUCUGUGCAGGUGUUGGGGACGGUACAGAUGAGCCCUGUGAUGCCUUUGUGGUAGAAGAGACAGAAAGAGGUUACCAAUGUGCUGUGGCCAUUCCUAGUCCACUAUACAAGUAUAUAAUAGGAAAGAAAGGAGAAACAAAAAAGAAACUAGAAACAGAAACCCGAACUUCUAUCAGUAUCCCUAAGCCUGGUGUAGAAGGCGAAAUUGUUAUCACAGGACAGCACCGGAAUGGUGUUAUUUCAGCUCGAACACGGAUCGAUGUUCUCGUUGAGAGUUUUCGCAAAAAGCAGCCCUUUACACACUUUCUAUCAUUUGCGCUCAACCAUCCUACAAUUCAGGAAAAGUUUCUACAGUUCAAAGAGGAAGUUUUGGAAAAGUGCACAAAUGACUAUGGUGUCAGCAGUAGCCUGUUCCAAAAUCCAGCAAAACUCCAUCUGACUAUUGGGACACUCGUGCUUCUGAAUGAACAGGAAAUCCAGAAAGCUCAAGAACUCCUGCAGAGAUGUAAAGAAGACUUUGCUGACACAAUUACUGGAGGCAAACCACUCUUGGUAGAAGUAGCAGGCAUAGAAUACAUGAAUGAUGAUCCAGCCAUGAUGGAUGUUCUCUAUGCAAAAGUCCACAUGAAGGAUGGCUCCAACAGGCUGCAGCUGAUAGCAGAUAGACUGAUGGAUCGGUUUGUGACCUCUGGAUUCAUGAUGAAAGAGUGGGAUAGAGUGAAACUCCAUGCCACUGUCAUGAACACAAUCUUUCGGAAAGAUCCUAGUGCUGAAGAGCAAACUAACAGAACUGCAGGCAGAUCUUUCAAGGAAAGGGAGUCAUUUGAUGGCCGAAAGAUAUUGAAGCUCUUUGAGAACUUCCACUUUGGGGAAGUGCAGCUAAAUACAGUCUACAUGUCCCAGCGAUUCUCAACAGACAGCUCAGGUUACUAUGCAACAUCAGGGCAGCUCAUGUUCUCCUGAGGUGCAGCCUCACUGAUUGUAUGAAGAUGAUGGGGAUGCGGAUGAUUCAGAUGGGUCCUGAUUUGGGCAGGAUCAUUCAGGGUCAUCCUGAAUUAGCCUUAACGUGUUGCAGUGAAAUUGUACCUGAAUUUGUAAAACCACAAUGAUCUGAGCCCCUGUAAAAACAUGACUAUACAAUCAAGUAAGUUGUUUUGGUUUGCUUUUCUUAAUGAAGGAAAAUGCUGGUUAAGUAAGAAGCAAUAGUACUUGUGUUUGACAGGGUUGAAAUAAAUAAAUUAAUGAAA